CCAAGGGCGCGGCGACAAACAUGGAGGUGACCUUCGCGAACCUCCAGCACGGCAAGAGGCUGAAGGGGAAGACUCGGAGCCGACUGCACAUCCUCGUCGGGCUCCUAUUCCUGGGCGCGGUCGCGGGGGUCGCGGCGCUAAUCGCCAAGAAGGGGCUUCCGGACAUCGAUCCGGUCAAGGUGCGCGCACGUUCCGGCAUCGGACCAACCGCGUGUCGCGCUUACACACUCGUUCCGACACCCCGCGCCCCCCGCCGAUCCCCCAGAUCGUGCCGAUAAUUUAUUAUUCCUAAAUUCCCUCGACCCUUUCACUCACGCAGGUGCACACGGCGAUCGACGAUGCUGGGUAUCUGGGCAUCGUGGUUUACAUCUUCGGUUUCGGCCUCGCGGAGCUGCUCCACCUGCCGGGCUUGGUGUUCAUCACCGCGGGGGUGCUGUGCUGGGGGCACCUCAGGGGUUGGAUCAUGGCGCUGAUCAUGGCGCCGCUCUCGUGUUCGGUGUCCUUCCUGGUGGUGAGGAGGAUCGGUGGGCAGGCGCUGGCGAACGUGGAGUGGGCGUGGGUACAGCGGCUGAUGAGCAAGCUGGACGAAUUUCCGGUCAAGACGGUUGUGGUGCUGAGGCUUAUUUUCUUCAUGGCGCCGGCGGUGAACUACAUGCUCGCGCUGUCCAGCGUCAACUUUAAGAAUUUUUUGGUUGGCACGUGGAUCGGCCUCGCGGUGCCCCUAACCGUGGCGGUGUUCUUCAUAGACCACCUCAUCACCUACAUGGGCUGGAGUAAGGCGCAGCACUUAGAGAUCGGACACGCGCUGCAGCACCCGCCCCCGGCCGUGGCGGAGGGGCUGUUCAGCAGGUUUGGCAUCGGGUGAAGCGGCGAGGACAAAGACUGGAAGGAGGGGCUGGCGAGUGCCCCGAGCUAAGAGGGUACUAUUAUUCACACUCACCGAGUUGAGCAGUUGAGUUGUAAAACGAAACACGAUUAGCGU